AUGCCCUCUAGAAGCCUUCGACCACUUCUUCCGCGACACUCACUCCGCAACAUUCUGGCCGCAAUCAAGCCCUCUUCGUCAAAGCAGGUCGAGGCUGCUUCAAGCCCAUCAACCUCACCUCUAUCAGCAAGCCGGUCAGUGUGCUCCUCAGCAUCAUCCUUCGGCUUUUCAGGGUUUAACCUCGACCGGGUGUCCAGCCGGGCUACCGACGAGCGACUAAGUUCAACGCAACGCGCUAUUCGACGAAAGAAAAGCGUCGCCGAGAUGGAGCAAGAAGAGGAGCGGCUCUUCUGCUCUGAUGCACUGCUGCGACUGGUGGAGCCCAGGCCAUAUGCUGGCCCCACACUGGGUGGCAUUGAGGAAGUACUGGACGGCAGCAUCUGA